UAAAAUCAAAGUACAUUCUUGGUAAAGGAUCUGGAAUUAAGUCAGCAAGUAGAAUAUCUAGAAAUGAAAUUCAAGAACAACUUCGAGCACAACAAAAGGAAGCAGAAGAAGAACGCUAUAAACGAGAGAGUGUAGAGAUCAAACUAAUGGAAGUUAAGAAUCAACUUGAAGAGGAGCGAAAGAACCGAGAAGUAAUGGAAUUUCGUUUAGUGCAUGACCAAAAAUUGUUAAAAGAGAGCAUGAUGGCGCUAGUAUCUCAUUUGAAGAAUCCCAAGAAUGACCUUCCUGCUUCAAUUUUCAAUAUCUUUACAACUUCAACUACUUCUAAUGAGACAAGUUCUGCAUGUCUAAUGAAUAACAAUUGGGAAGAUUUACAUGUAAAGAAAAAUCAAGAAUCACAGAUGCAGAAAGAGUUGGAUAACUUGAAAGACGUCUUGAAUUUUGAGAAGCAAAACUUAGAAAUGGCUAUUUAUGAUUGUGAUAAAUUCAAUACAUUGUGCAAUGAAAAAGAUGUAGAGCUUAAGGCUACCCUAACAGAGAAGCGAAACUUAGAAAUGUGGCUUCCAAAUGUUGAGUUCUCAAGGUUAAAAGAAAACUACUCCGAAAGAAUUGGUCGAACGCAAAUAAUCAGGUCUUUGAUAAGAUCCAUGAAGAGUUGAAAGCUCGUUGUAUGUUGCGUACCGUAGAAGAAACAAAAAAGAGGCUUUUGAGUGAAAAAUUAUCACUUGAGGAAAAAAUUGUAGAGAUUGAAAAGAAGAAAUCAAGUGAGGAUGAACAUGCAUAAUUGAACCAUGCUUCAAUACAAGUACUAUUGGAAGAUUGGACAAUUCAAAAGUUAUAACUAGCUAGUAGGAUUAGAAUAUAACUAAUGACUUGCUUAUUGUUUUCUACUAAAAGUACAAACACAUCUAUAAGUAUUUAGUUCUUUGGAUAUCAAUCUUCAUCAUAUUGACCUUUU